AUGCGGCGCGGCGCCCGCCCUCCCGCCGGCAGCAUGAGCCCGUCCUUCUUCCUCCUCCUCCUCCUCCUCGCUCUGCCCACCCGCGCCCGCCGAGAGCAGGUGCCCGGCGGGGCGCAGCCGGGGCCAGCGGGCCGCAACGCUCCCGCGCCUUCCUCCUCCUCUUCCUCCUCCUCGGCGGCAGCGGCGGCGGGGCCGAGCCGCUUCCCGCGGAGCCGCCCGGGGCGACGGCGGGGCCGGCUGUACUGCCGGGUAGGCAUCGGCUUCCACCUCCAGCUGCACCCCGACGGCCGUGUGGACGGCGCCCACGACGCGAGCCCGCUCAGUAUUUUGGAAAUAUUUGCUGUGUCUCAGGGGAUUGUAGGAAUACGAGGAGUUUUCAGCAACAAAUUUUUAGCGAUGUCAAAAAAAGGAAAACUCCAUGCAAGUGCCCGGUUCACAGCGGACUGCCAGUUUCGGGAGCGCUUCCAGGAGAACAGUUACAACACCUACGCCUCAGCCGUCCACCGCAGCCCACGCUCAGGCCGCCAGUGGUACGUGGCACUGAACAAGCGGGGCAAAGCCAAGCGGGGCUGCAGCCCUCGUGCUCGACCCCAGCAUGUCUCCACACACUUCCUCCCACGCUUUUGGCAGCCUCAGCCGCCCGAGCUCGCCUUCACCGUCACCCUCCCCGAAAAGAAGCCUCCGCCACCAUUGAAACCAAAGGUCGCUCCUUCCCCGCCUCGUAAAAACCCCGGCCCCGUCAAGUACCGACUGAAGUUUCGCUUCGGGUAG